AAGCAGGCACGCGUCUUUGCCGCUCGCCCGCCUCGCUGUGUCUCUCUCGGGUGGGGAGGGGGGGGGGGCGAUUUGACGCGGCGGCUUCCGGCGAGCGUCCCGAGCAUCGGUGUGGUUGCUGUCAUCGGCCCGUGGCGCCGGCUGCCCCUUUCCCGCCCCGUGAGCGCCCUUCGUCCGUCCACCGAGCCGGAGAGAGGAGAAUCGAGCCAUGUCGCGCAGGCGGCACCGGGACGAGAACGAUGUAGAACAACAACACAAGAGAAGAAGAACAUCUGAAACAGUUGAAGUUGCAGAGACAUUGGAGCACUUAAUAAGCGCAUUGGGAGAAGAGAGUUCUUUUUCUUUGGAAUGUAACUUAGAGGACACAACUGAGGUUUUGGAGGCAAAUCUGCCAAACUUCAAAAGCAAAAUACUGAAACUCCUUUGUACAGUUGCACGUCUGCUACCACAAAAGAUGACCCUUUAUACAACUCUUGUUGGCUUGCUGAAUGCCAGGAACUACAAUUUUGGUGGAGAGUUUGUAGAAGCGAUGAUACGUCAGCUAAAAGAAUGUUUGAAAGUCAACCUGUACAAUGAAGCUGUCUAUUUAGUCCGCUUUCUUUCUGAUCUUGUGAAUUGUCACGUAAUAGCUGCACCCUCAGUGGUAGCCAUGUUUGAGAAUUUCGUUAGUGUGACACAGGAGGAGGAUGUACCUCAGGUGCGAUGUGACUGGUACGUGUAUGCGUUUCUGUCAUCCUUACCUUGGGUGGGGAAGGAGCUCUAUGAGAAAAAGGAUACUGAAAUGGAGCAGAUCUUGUCUACUGUUGAAAACUAUCUGAAACGGCGUCAGAAGACUCACAUGUCCAUGCUGCAAGUUUGGUCCAUUGAUAAACCUCAUCCACAAGAAGAGUACUUAGAUUGCCUUUGGGCUCAGAUUCAGAAAAUGAAGAAAGACCACUGGCAAGAGAGGUACAUUCCGAGGCCAUACCUGGCGUUCGACAGCGUGCUUUGUGAAGCACUGCAGCACAACCUGCCUCCUUUUACGCCCCCACCCCACACGGCAGAUUCCGUUUACCCGAUGCCAAGAGUCACCUUCCGAAUGUUUGACUACACUGAUGAUCCUGAAGGACCAGUUAUGCCUGGGAGCCACUCUGUUGAAAGAUUUGUGAUCGAAGAACAUCUUCACUGCAUCAUCAGAUCCUUUUGGAAAGAGAGAACAACAUGUGCUGUCCAGUUAACAAGCUAUCCAGGAAACCACAAAAUCCCUCUGAAUUACCACAUUGUUGAGGUAAUUUUUGCUGAGUUGUUUCAGCUUCCUGUUCCACCUCACAUGGAAAUCAUGUACACUACGCUGUUUAUUGAACUCUGUAAACUUCAGCCUGGAUCUUUACCUCAAGUUCUUGCACAAGCUACAGAAAUGCUGUACAUGCGCUUAGAUACAAUGAAUACCAUCUGCAUAGAUCGGUUCGUUAAUUGGUUUUCCCACCAUCUUAGUAAUUUUGAAUUCCGUUGGAGUUGGGAAGAUUGGUCAGAUUGUCUUUCUGAGGAUCUUGACAGAGUUAGGCCUAGGUUCGUAAAAGAAGUACUAGAAAAAUGCAUGAGGCUUUCCUACCAUCAGCGAAUAAUAGAUAUUGUUCCUGCUAGUUUUUCAGUCUUGAUUCCUGCAAAUCCAACGUGUAUUUAUAAAUAUGGAGAAGAAAGCAACAAAUCUCUUCCUGGGUACAACGUUGCACUCUCCUUAAACGUUGCUAUCAAAAAUAAAGCGAGCAAUGAUGACAUUUUCACCAUUUUGAAGGAUGUGCCCAAUCCUAAUCAGGAUAAUGAUGAUGAAGGCUUUUCAUUCAAUCCUUUAAAAAUAGAAGUUUUUCUCCAGGCACUAUUGCACUUAGCGUCAAAGUCAUUCAGUCACUCUUUCAGUGCUCUGGGAAAAUUUCGAGAAAUCCUCAAAACUCUGGCUGAAAGUGAUGAAGGGAAGCUUCAUAUUCUCAGAAUUAUGUAUGAAGUAUGGAAAAAUCAUCCUCAGAUGAUUGCUGUACUGGUGGAUAAGAUGAUUCGAACACAGAUUGUGGAUUGUGCUGCAGUGGCAAACUGGAUUUUUUCUCCAGAGCUAUCUCAUGAUUUUACAAGAUUUUAUAUUUGGGAGAUCUUGCACUCUACCAUUCGUAAGAUGAACAAGCAUGUGAUGAUGAUCCAAAAGGAGCUAGAAGAAGCCAAAGAAAAACUAGCCAAGCAACAGAAAAGACGGGAUGAUGUCCGAAGCAAUGAGAGGGGAAAUUGGCCCCUUGAAGAGCAGAUCGAACGUUUGCAAGAAAAAGUUGAAUCAGCUCAAAGUGAACAAAAAAACCUCUUCCUUGUAAUAUUCCAGCGUUUCAUUAUGAUCCUAACAGAGCAUUUAGCACGAAGUGAAGCAGGAGGCAUUGAUGUAGCUACACCUUGGUACAAGAACUGUAUAGAGAGGCUGCAGCAGAUCUUCUUACAGCAUCAUCAGAUCAUCCAACAGUACAUGGUGACCUUGGAGAACCUUCUAUUUACAGCAGAAUUGGAUCAUCACAUACUGGCUAUAUUUCAGCAGUUCUGUGCACUCCAGGGCUGAGUACUGUAGCUUUUUUUUUUUGUAUAGGACUUAAUUUCAUCUUGUUAAAUUUAAGAUGAAAACUUUGAUGGGAAAGAAAGGAAAAAAAUAUAAUCUGAAAGUGCUGUGCUAAAUAAUACACAGUACUCAAAUUUUCAGCAGUAGGGGCCUUAUGCUAGUUAUGAUUCCUGAAGGUUUGGGAUAGAACAGUGUUUCCCAAACUUGACAAUUUUAAGGCAUGAGGACUUCAACUCCCAGAAUUCCACAGCCAGCGUUGCUGGCUGUGGAAUUCUGGGAGUUGAAGUCCACAUGCCUUAAAAUUGUCAAGUUUGGGAAACACUGGGAUAGAAUAACGCGUGGAUUUCUAAAUUUGAAAUGGUUUGAAUGUUGACUCUGCCAUAGCAUCCCUUUUGUGCCCUCCUAUUGUUGGUAUAAAAGUUAAAAAUAGAAGACAAUAAAUAAACGUGGCUCUUUGUUUACCCCUUGCAUAUUAUGCAACAGGUUCCAUAAUAAUGUGAAACAAGUCUCAAAACAUAUGAAUCUGUCUGAAGAUGUCCUUUUUGGUGGUAAUGCUCAAAGCUCCGUAAGAAACUGAAGUCUCAAAUAUAUGAAUAUUCAAACGGCCAAGUCUGCAAAGAACUUUUGGAUAUGUUUGCUAUCAAAAUGAAUUAUCAUGGUUGUAUGAGACAUAAUUGAAAUACAACAUUUUUUUUUA